AUGGGUAUGAUUGUUCUGAAUGUUGCUUCAAGUGGUAUAGCUUCUUUGUUGUUGCCGGGUCGUAGAACAGCCCAUUCCAGAUUUUGCAUUCCAUUGCAAACCGAUGAAACAACUACUUGCAACAUCAAACAAGGUAGUUUAAGGGAAAAUUUACUGAUCCGUGCCAAGAUCUUUUGGGAUGAAGCUCAUAUGUUAAAUAAGAAUUGUUUUCAGGCACUUGAUAGGACUUUGCGCGAUAUCAUGAGACAAGAAGAUGAAAGCAACAUGGACAAACCAUUUGGCGGUAAAGUUGUAGUUCUUGGUGGUGACUUCAGACAAAUUCUUCCAGUCAUUCCAAAAGGUGGAAGACAAGGCAUUGUAUCUGCUACAGUAAAUUCUUCUGAUCUUUGGAAAUACUGUAAAUUUUUAAAGCUCACUAAAAACAUGAGAUUACGCACAACAGGUUCACCAGAGCUUGCAACAGAAGAUCUUUUGAUUAUGGUGAUUUCGAAUCAAAUGAGCGUGGUGAAUCAGAUAUUGAAAUUCUUGAAGAUCUUUUGA